AUGACGGAAAACUACUCUAAUCCCAAUUAUGUUACACCGACUUCAACGAUGGCUGAAAAACCAGAAGAUCAAUUUUCAAGUGAGGAAAAAAUUGCGAAGGCAAAGGAACUUUAUGCAAGAGGAUGUCGAAACUUUUAUGUCAAAACUUAUUCGGAUGCCGCUGAUGACUUAAGUGAAGCAUGCAAGCUUUUUGGAGAAGUUCAUGGGAUUGAUGGGGAAGAACUAGGGGAGACAUAUUUGAUGUACGCGAAAGCUUUAAUUGCUGUGGGUCAAGAUGAAAAUAAGAUAGUUGAUGUGCCCGAAGAAGAUUCUGAAGAUGAACCAGCAGAAGAAGACGAUGGCGAUUCAGAAGUAGAAGCUGAAGGAUCUGAAGCUGACGCAACAAAAGGAGAAACAAAAAACGGAAUAGAAAAUGGUGAAAAUACAGUAAAUGGACAUGAAGAAGCAGUUGCAGCUGAUGAGCCACAACCAUGUACGUCCGGUAUGAUGGAAAACGAUAAUUCAAAUGAUGUUCAAGAGCUUAUAAACGAAGAAAUGGAUGAUGGUGGGAAUUUGGAAUUGGCUUGGGAAGUUCUUCAAAAUGCAGCACUUAUUUUCGAACGUCAAGGUUCUAAAGGUUUGAACAAUCUCAUGGAUGUAUACAUUGAAAUGGCUGGAAUUUCACUUGAAAAUGGAAAUUUUGAAGUGGCAAUAAACGACUUCAAAAGAGCCUUGAAUGUUUUCCUGGAUUUGGAAGAUGCUGAUCAGAAUGAAAGAAUCAACGCUGAAAUUUAUUAUAAGAUUGGACUUUGUCAUCUUGCCACCAACGCCUACGAAGAGUCAGUCAAGUCAUUCCAAAAAGCUGCUGAUAUUAUUGCUGAAGUAGUAAACGUCGAGAAGAAAAAGGAGGAGCAAACAGAUGACGUCUUGGCAACGAUAAAAGAUUUGGAAGAAACACAACAAGAAAUUCUCAAUAAAAUCGCUGAAAUCGGCGAAACAAAAGCAGAAGAAAUUGCUCAUGUCAAGAAGGAAUUGGAAAAGAUGUUUGGACCAGGAGUUGUAGGUGAAAGUUCUGGGGCUGGAAGCUCAUCAUCAGCUGCUCCAAGUUCUUCAUCGAAAAUUUCGGAAGCUGAAAAGCCAAAAGCUACAGACAUCUCUCAUCUUAUCAAACGUAAGAAAACUGACAGUGACGUUGAAUGUUCCCCAGCUAAGAAACAAGCACUUGACACGACCUCAGGAGAAAAAAUCAAUGUCGAACAAGCUUCCGAACAGAAAAUAACAGACGAAGCAACAGCAACUACCGUUCAAGUGAUCGAAAACUAGAUUCGUCACGACAUAUCGUCACACAAUCCCCAGUUGUAUUCUAGAGAUUUAAAUGGAAAAAGAAAAGAAAACAGAAAGAAAGAAAGAAAAUGAAUGAAGUUGUCACCACCUCACUUGUGUUUUGAUCGAUUAUCUUUAAGAAUCCUUUAUUUUAAUUUAUUGCUCGACAUUAAUCAAUUCAUAUCUAAGUUUCACUUUCUUUCAAAUCAAAUAUCUAAAUUAGUUUGAAAGCGCUUAAAGAUAUCAUCAUAUUAUGUUUCUGCAGAAAGUACUUCAAUCUUGUCAUGAAAAUAAAAAACAAAAUGUUAAAAGUUUGAAAAAAGAUACUUUCUAAAUAAAAUAAAAAAUUUGUUAGAUAAGCAAAAGUUU